CAGAGACGCAGCACGCCAGGAGAAAUGGCGCUCUGGUGAAGGCGCGUGGAAAGAGCUGAGCUUGAAACUAAGAGGAUUUCCACAGCUUUCAAAGAGCCAACAGUCAAGCAACUGCAAGGAGUGCGACCUUUCACUGCCAACAUGAGAGAAGCCACUGAAAAUGUCUCUCUGGAUGAUGCCGGCUGGAGCCAGAUGUCAUGUGGAGGCUUUCCAACCAAGGCCCAGGAUACUAUUUUUUGCUCUGAAGAAGAUAACAGUCUGUAUUUCACAUACAGCGGAAAAUCAAAUGUUCUCGAGGUGAAAGAACUCAACUACCAGGUUAACAUGGCAUCCCAGAUUCCCUGGUAUGAAAACCUUGCACAGAUGAAAAUGCCAUGGACCUGGAAAUCAGAUCCCCGUUCACAUGUGUCAAUAAUCCAGAACCUGAAUUUAAAAGUUCGCAGUGGUCAGAUGCUGGCUGUUAUAGGAAGCACUGCUGGUGGAAAGACAUCCUUGCUUGAUGUGAUAACCUGCCGGGAUCAUGGAGGCAAAAUCAAGUCCGGUCAAAUCAUGAUCAAUAACAAACCCAGCACUCCUCAGCUUGUAAAGAACUGCAUAGCACAUGUGCGGCAGGAUGACCGACUGCUCCCCCACCUGACUGUCAGAGAAACACUAUUGUUCGUUGCCAAACUGCGCCUUCCAAAGUUUUUUUCAGACUCGCAAAGGAAAAAAAGGGUAGAUGAUGUUAUAGCAGAACUACGCUUGCGUCAGUGUGCAAACACCAGAGUAGGGAAUGAAUACCUCCGUGGGGUUUCUGGAGGUGAAAGACGAAGAGUGAGCAUUGGUGUGCAGCUGCUCUGGAAUCCAGGAAUACUCAUACUUGAUGAACCCACAUCUGGACUGGACAGUUUUACUGCACAUAACCUUGUGAUAACAUUAUCCAGACUGGCCAGAGGAAACAGAUUAGUUCUUCUUUCACUUCAUCAGCCUCGGUCAGAUAUCUUCCAACUGUUUGAUUUAGUUCUUCUGAUGACUUCUGGAGUCACUAUCUAUUCUGGAACAGCUAGAGACAUGGUCCAAUAUUUCACUGAACUAGGCUAUCCCUGCCCGAGGUACAGCAAUCCUGCAGAUUUCUAUGUUGAUUUGACCAGUAUUGAUAAGCGGACCGCAGAAAAGGAGAUGGAAAGCCGGAAAAGAGCAAAUACUCUUGCCAACUUGUUCCUAGAAAAAGUCAAAGAUUUUGAUGAUUUCUUAUGGAAAGCUACUGAAGGAGACAGUGUUGCAACCACGUUCAGCAAGCAAAGAUCCCAUUUAAAAUCAGAAGAGGCUAUCAAUAUGCCUCAUCAUUCAAGUGAUCAGUUACCAGGAGUCUUAAAGCAGUUCGCUAUAUUAUUAAGUCGUCAAGUCUCCAAUGACUUCAGAGAUCUUUCGACAUUAUUAAUCCAUGGAUUUGAGGCCCUUGUCAUGUCAUUGUUAAUUGGAUUUUUGUACUAUGGCCAUGGGAAAAUCAGGCUUUCUAUUCGUGACAUAACAGCCCUGUUGUACAUGAGUGGUGCACUAAUCCCAUUCACAGUGAUUUUGGAUGUUAUUGCCAAAUGUCAUUCGGAAAGAGCUAUGCUUUAUCAUGACUUGGAAGAUGGAAUGUACUCUGUUACCCCAUAUUUCUUUGCUAAGAUUUUGGGAGAGCUCCCAGAGCACUGUGCUUUUGUUGCAAUUUAUGGGGUUCCCACAUACUGGCUGGCAAACCUCGUUCCUGAGGCAGAACAUUUCCUGCUGAACUUCCUUCUGGUGUGGCUGGCUGUGUAUAGUGCCCGCUCGAUGGCACUUUGGGUGGCAGCACUUCUGCCAACAUUACAGCUCUCAGCCUUCUUUGGCAACGUCCUUUUCACAUCGUUCUACCUGAGCGGUGGUUUUGUGAUAAGCCUGGAAAACCUCUGGACAGUUCCACUUUGGAUUUCUAAAGUCUCUUUUCUCAGAUGGAAUUUUCAAGGCAUGAUGCAAAUUCAGUUCAAUGACCUCACAUAUGAAGUAACUGUUGGGAAUAUUACAGUUCACAUACCAGGGGAACUUGUCCCUCAAUCUCUGGACCUGGACUCCCACCCUCUCUACGUGAGCUACCUCAUCCUCGCUGGUGUCGUUUGCAGCUUCCUGCUCUUGUACUACUUAUCUCUGAGGUUCAUCAAGCAGAAACCAAACCAAGACUGGUAACAGCAAACCAGGCAGAGAAGGCAGCAGGUUACAGCAUCCCUUGCAAGACAUCAGGGGAAGCCCAGGAGCCCGGUUUGCAAAGCUCAGCUCUGCAGGGGGAGAGCCGGGAGCUUCCAGCUCGGCUCACCACGGGAUGGCAGCAGAACACCAGGAGUCGGAGGGAUGCAAGCUGGAGGGAUGGGGGUUUGGGGUUUUUGUUAGUUGUUUUGUUUGUUUGUUUGUUUGCUUGACAUAUGGGUUUCAUAGGCGACGGGACGCUUACGAGUUCCAUGCACCUCAAAAUAUUCUAAGCCACUCACCGCUGAUUUAAGAGGACUCAUCACACUUUGUAAUAGAUAAUGUUUUAAGUCCAUGAUGUUUGAAGUACCUAAUUCAGAGAGUGCUGAGAGAAGUGGGAUUGGCACACACAAAGCUACCUUUCUACAGCACGUAUAACAUUCAUAAGAACAGUGUAGAGGAAUGAGACGCUGAAGAUUUCACUGAUGCUUCAGGAGAACAUGGAAGGAUAGAAAACACAGUUUUUAGUGAUUCUGCGUCCUUUCUUCUUGCUCAUGUCUUUUAAGGCUUUGCCUUUGUGUUCCACUUAGAUCCUACUGAUGCCCAAAAUGGGUAUUUUCCUCUCUGUACAGAUGAUUUCUUGUAAUGGAUAGCUUUAUCUCCCCUUCUUCGUAUGUAUUUAUGCUGUAGAAAUAAACCCAAUUGAUUGUUAUUAACCACAUCUUCCUCCAUGGUAAUUACAAAUCACAGCAAUUGGCCAAGUUUGGUUCCUAAGAUUCUCAGGUAGAAAAUACCAACCUGCCCCUCCAGUAAUUUGAAAUCUAAUAAUGCAAUCUGUGAAACGCUUACAAGUGUGCACCUGGUUACGCUCAGCCAUGAAAAUGAAAUGCUCAGUCAGAAAAUGAAUAACAGCAAAUAAAUGGCCGUAACUCACACAUGGUCAUGCUACGUUCAUGUGCAAGUUAGGUGUACAGUUGUUGUGAGCAUUUUAAAUGUUGGAAUGCAUAUCUCUGUGCUUAUACACAGAGACCAAAAGCACAUCACCUACUCUGCUUUCAUUUACACGUUGCACACAGUGGAAAACUCCUAGUGUCAUCUGCUAUAAUGCCCUGGAUACUGUUACACAAAUCUUUUUGGUUUUGCUGUUUUUUAAAGAAAUAAGAAUGUAAG